AUGACUCAAAGUUUCUCUUCAAAUUGGAUACCAAACAAGGAUCAGAAUACCACAGUCAUCAAUAUUGAUGAAAUUGCACGAAAAUUAGAAACAGUUUAUGGUAUCAAAUCAGGCUCGAUCCGUAUCAGUACUAUUGUGAUCAAUAAUGGUGAAAGAAAUGUCGAUGGUCGUUAUCGCCUAAAAGGCACUACAGUAAAAGGCACUACAGUAAAAGGCACUACAGUAAAAGGCACUACAGUUAAACGCACUACAGCAAAAGCCACUACAGUUAAACGCACUACAGCAAAAGCCACUACACCAAAAGCCAUUACAACAAAAGCUACUACACCAAAAGCCAUUACGACAAAAGCCACUACACCAAAAGCCAUUACGACAAAGGCCAUUACAACAAAAGCCACUACAGCAAAAGUCACGACACCAAAACUCAUUACUACAAAAGCCGCUACAACAUCAGGUAAACAGCUUUAUGUUCCAUAA